UUUUAAGAGGCCCGUCAAGCAACUCCAUCCAAUAAAAAGAAAAGAAGCAAAUUGCAGCUUUGCCCUUGUUGUAAUAUCAGAAGAAAUAAGCACUAAACAAACUGGCCGGAAAUCGCCACCGCCGUCGCCGUCGCCGUCGCCGUCAGAAAGCCAGAAACUCUGAGAUUUCAAUUUGAAAAAAAAAUAGGAAGCAACAUCAAUGGAUUCUCAAGGCCAAACAACUUCUUUGCAGCGACUGCAGAAUGUCGAAAAGAGAAUUGUCAAGGUUUUGGAGCUUGCAGGAGGAGUCAUGGAUGAGCUUGCAAGUCCAGUUGGUCCUAGAAAAGAUCUUGUUCAAAAUCACUGCCUCGAAUUCAUGCAAUUAAUCAAGGACAUCCAAGUAGCGUUGCGUGAUGAAAUCAAAAGUGCUUGUGAAUACCGUCCAUUUGAAAAAUGUGAUUAUGGUCCAAGAAUAGCCAAUGAGAUAUGUUUCAAGAAGGUGGAAUAUGUCAUGUCUCAGUUGGAUGCAAUUAAAAAAACUAUAGAUGGGUAUACUGCAGAACCCUGACAAUCUUUAGUUCAUCCUAUAGAAGCUGCAUGUUUUGAAAUUCAGUAUGUAGUAAUCAUUUAGAGGGCAGCGCUGCAAGUGACUCAUUUAUGUAUUCAUUUAGAGGGCUAUUUGGACAAUAUGCAUGUAUUGUCUGUCUGUCUACCUUGUACACUAAACAUGUAAAUGCCUGAUUGUGAAGUACAGGAUUUAAUUUUCAUAAUUAGUUGCUGUUGAAGCCA